AUGAAGCUGGUGUUUUUGACACUGCUUAUACUGUUGGCCGGAUGUUUGGCCGCGGAUUUGGAAUACGGAAAUCGGCCAAGAGGAGUCCCAGAAGAAAGUAAGGCUUAAAAAUGGUUUUUUGAACCUACAUUGAACCUACGUUUUUAAUUCUUUUAAAAUAAAGAUACUUUUAUACUUCAUUUUAAAUAAAUUAUGGUUUUAUAGGUUAACUUUAUAAUGCAGAAAUAUGUUCUUGAAAUUGAUAUAAAUUGUUUAACAUGAAUUUUUACAGAAGCCAGCUUGUAUGAAGAACAAGACGAGUUUAAGUGUCUUGAUGGCUCUAAAUCCAUUCCGUUUGAACAAGUAAACGACGAUUAUUGUGAUUGUCCUGAUGGUAGCGAUGAGCCAGGUAUGUUUUUUAAUAAUUUUUUGAAAUUUUAGGUUACAAAACGUGUGAGAAGCGUUAACUUGAGCAAAGUCAUCAAAGCUGAAAGAAAUUUGAAUAAAAUGUAAACUACGUCGCACGCUUUUUGGUAAAAUGCAUAAUGAGCUAAAGUUUUAAAGACAAUGUUAAUAUCGCUUAUUUUAGGCACAUCUGCUUGUCCAAAUGGUCAAUUCCACUGCCGAAACCAUGGAUUCCAGCCUCUGGACUUGCCUUCCAGCCGUGUGAACGACUUUAUUUGUGGUAAGAACUUAAUUUUAGAGUAAACGUAUUACUAAAAGCAACUUAAAAUUAAACUUAUUAUAAUUUACCUUAUGUAUAGUGUAAUAAUGGUGCUUUAAUUUCAAAUUACUGUCCUAAAAUACAAUUAUUAAUCAAAAACCUUCUUCAGACUGCUGUGACGGCUCUGACGAAUGGGACAGUGAAACAAAAUGCCCCAAUGUUUGUGAAGAGAUCCACAACAAAGUGAAGGUGAAGACUGAAAACUACAGGAAAAUGGUGUCAUCGGGUUAUGACAAGAGAAAGGAAUUGGCAGAAGAAGGAAAGAAGUCAAUGGAAGAGAAGAAGGUCGAGUUGGAGAACUUGAAAAAGCAAUUGGACGAGUUUAAACCUGUAGAAGAGGUAAAGAAAAUUGAAAAAGAAGCUGCUGAAACUAAAGAAAAUGAGGCCAAGAAGGCUGAGGAUGACAAAUGGGAUGAGAAAGUGAAGGAAGAUAGGAAGAGCGAUUCUCAAAAGUUCUUCAAAUUGGUGGACAAGGAUGGAGAUGCAAAGUAAGAAUGAUUUUUGGGGCCUUGAAGCGCUUGGAUUAAAAAGUUUUUUGUUACUUAAAAUGCUAUUUUUUGAUUUAUUUUUUUGUGUACUGUAAAAUAUCAUACUAAAUAUGAAGAAGUUUUACCUUAUCUUUAUAUAUACACUCAUAUAACACGUUCUUUUCCUUCAGAAUCACCAAGGACGACUUCAAAACAGCCGUCAAAUCAGAAAGCGAGAAAGACGUUACAGAUGACCAGCUUCGCGACCUAUUCGGAGAAGAUGAAAUCACAGAAGAAGUUUUGCUCAACAAAAUCAACGACAUCCGCAAAUGGUUCAAGAAACAAGUGAAGCAAGAAGAGCCAGCUGAUAAACAAGACGAAGAUGACAUGCUGGAUCCUGAACCAGUAGUCGAUGAUGAUCAAUUCGACUUUGAAAAGAAACCAGAAUACAGUGAAGAGACUAAGAAGUUGAUAGAUGAAGCUGAUGUGAAGAGAGAUGAAUAUAGAGAAGCUUCGAACAAAGUUAGAGAGACUGAAAACAAAAUCAAGUAGGUUUUUGGCCGUUUCACCUUUUCCCAAAUAAAAAUACCCCGCCCAUCACUGGUAGAGUGGCUUUAUUUUUAAAAACAAUCUAUUAUUAUUGAUCUAUUAUAACGUUUCACUGGCUUUGUCCUUAAAAAAUAACUCUAAUCCAACCAUUUUCAGUGACUUUGAACGUUUCCUUCAAUUCGAAUACGGACCGGACCAAGCCUGGGCCCCACUCAAAAGUCAAUGUGCCGAACUGGACCAAGCCCAAUACACCUACCGAGUAUGCCUCUUCGAAAAGACCAUCCAAAGGGAAAAAUCUGGUCAUGAAAUAAGGUUGGGAGAGUGGAAGGAAUGGGAAGGUGAGGAUUACAAGGUCCAAAAAUACGCGGACGGCCAAACUUGCUGGAACGGUCCACCACGCUCGACUCGUGUCAUCAUUGAGUGUGGAUUGGAGUUGGAAUUGUACGAAGCUUCCGAGCCUAACAGAUGCGAAUACGAGUUCAAGCUGAGGUCACCUGCGGCUUGUCCCGACCCAGCUACCAUUAAGGAGGUGUAUGCUUUGCAUACCGAGUUGUAA